GUAAGUCAGUCGUCUCGCAUCCGUCUUCACGAGUCACAACUAUACAACUUUACUCGAGUCAUUUAAUUAAUUAAAUACCAGGAUAAAUAAAUCAUCAAUUGAUGGAUUACAAAAUUCCGACGAGGCCCAACCGCCUCGGCGUGCCGGCCGGUGGGCGGGCCGAAUCCACCGCUGUACGACCUUCAACCUCCAAAAGUACCCCUGUCCCAGUUAAGACUGAACCUGACGUUCCGGUGCAAGAGUUUUCUCUCAGAGUUCCUAAGAACAACGUUCGUCCUGUGUCAAUCAUGCGGUUUAACAAGGCUCUGGGCGUCGAUCCCAGCAAUUGGACUAGUGUCAGGAUGGCUCGGGAAGAUAAUUCACGACUUCACAAGACCGUGCAGAUCUUACCAGAUGAGGAAAUGCCAAAGUUUGGCGCAGGGUCAGAAUAUGGCCGUGAAGCGAGAGAGGAAGCCCGUCGCCGAAAAUACGGUCUCAACCGGAAGAAGUACAACCCGGACGAUCAACCCUGGUUGCUAAAACUUGGAGCGGGCGAUAACAAGGCGACAACGAGAAAGUAUAAAGGUGUCCGUGAGGGUGGCGUGUCUGAAAAUGCUUCUUACUUCAUCUUCACACAAGCUCCAGACGGUGCCUUCGAAGUCUUCCCGGUCAACCAUUGGUACAACUUUACGCCGAUCCAGCGAUACAAAAGCCUAACGUCGGAAGAGGCCGAACAAGAAUUUGGAAGACGAAACAAAAUUAUGAACUAUUUCUCUGUUAUGGUUCGACGUCGGAUGCGAAAUGACGACGACGUGGAGGAGGAGCCCUUGCCGGGCAUAUCGUCAGGAAAGAAGGGAGGCAAAAAAGUUUCCUCCGACCUGAAAGUAUCGGAAAUGGAGGAUUGGGCUGAAAGUGAUGAUGAAGAAAUGUCUGACGAAGGAGAAGAUGCUGAUGAAAAGCCCAAGGACAAAAAGAAAGGUGCUACCGCCAAAGGAAAGAAAGCGCCCCCUAAGAAGAAAAAGAAAGGGUCUGACGACGAUGAAGGACUCGAAGAUUCUGACGAUGGCGACGAGGAGGGGAGAGAGCUCGACUACAUUUCCGACACGUCGGGAUCUGCCGACUCUGAGCCCGAGAAGGAGGGUGACAUUAAAGGUGUCGACCAGGAGGAAGCAAUGCGUGACUUGCUCGAAUCUGGGUCAGAUUCUGAAGAGGAGGGAAAAGGAGAAAAGAAAGCGUCCGAUGAGGGCGAGGAUGAGGCUGGCCCUUCCACCUCAAAGAAUAACGAGGAACAGGCCGAAUCCACGGAUAAGAAGAAGAAAAAGAAGAAAAAGAAAAAAUCAGAGAGGAAGGAGACUGAAUACUUGUCUGAUGAUGGAGAAAAGAGUGACGAUAACGUCGAGAGCAAAAUGGACCUUGGUCUAGACUCAUCUUUCGUUAAGACUGAGCCGGGGACGGGAUCGGAUGGCAAAGGGAGCUCAUUUGGAAAUCUUGGUGACAGUGAGAGUCCCAAUAUGACCGGAAAGAGGAAAGCCAGUUCGGACUUGCUCAACAUGUCGUCAUCCUCCAAUAAAAAGCCCAAGAUGGAAGUUUCAUCAAUUCUGAUCCAGUCCGCAGCGGCUGAGGGGAUCACUGAAGAGGCUGUUCGACGCUAUCUCCUCCGUAAACCAAUGACCGUGACCGAACUGUUGCACAAGUUCAAGUCCAAGAAAACCAAGAUUUCGAGUCAGGACAUGGUCAACGUGGUGGCGCACAUCCUCAAAAAGAUUAACCCCGUCAAAAGGAACCAAAAUUCAAAAAUGUACCUUUCUCUCACGGCUCCAAAGCCUUGACGAUACAUUCGAAAUUAACAUUUUUCAGGUCCUUAGGAAAUAUAAUUAUUUUCAAUUUUGCAUAAAUUUAUUAUGUAAUUUAUUCACCUAAAAUUUCCUCAUGAUUAAAUCGAUUACUUAAUCACAUGGAUGUAUAAGAAUCAUCACAAUAUUGUGAACGUUUUCAUAAUUGCAAAUAAAUGGGGAGUGAUUAAUGUA